CCUUGAUUCGAGUCGGUGACGAGGGUUUGCCGAAUAGAGGAUCGAACGAAAGAGAAUAGAGAUCGAUCGGGCUGGACCGCUGUUCGACGAAGGAAUAAACCGAGGUAGUGAACGAUGUCGGAGAAACGUGGCCGAUGAAAGUGCGAAGAGGAUGUGAAACGAUGGACAUCGAAGGAAUACGAUCGUCGAACUUGUGAAAAUAUAAUAUAGGCAAAAGACAAAGUGCGCGGGAAAUCGAGAGACUUUUCUGGUAGUAAGGUUCGAAGAGAGCUGUCUGCGGGAAAUCGAGCUCGGUACGAGAAAGUAGAAGAGAUGUCGGAUAUCGUGGAAGACGACAAACGGAGCGAAGCUUCCCCGAAACCGUCUCAAUUAACUCCCUUCAGUAUCGCCGAUAUCCUGAGUAGAAGAACCUCGUACACGGAACGACGACCUUCGGAGUCGGAAGAAGCGCAAGCUGUAGCGUCGUUCGCGAAGAAAUCCCAUCAACGCGACUACGAUUGUUUGGAGAACGGCCACAGGGAAACUCGAUCGGAGGAUCGUAAUCAGAUGGCCAGAUUCUCGAGGCUACCUUCGCCGGAUCUCAACGUGGCCCGCGAACUCGACAUCCUGACGAGAAACCUGGUCCACGCGAAUAUCUCCAACUUUGGAAAUAUUCCACACUUGGCUCAGGGAACGUUCAAGCAUCUGGAGAGCCUGGGCAACAUGGGUGGUUAUCAGCCGGUGAAGGAUUCGAGGGAUUCUUCGCAGAGGCAACAGGACGAGGCGUUGGACAUGAGCAAGAACAAAUAUUUGGAGGACGGGGAGGAAGACAUGUUCGAGGCGCAGAAUCACGGACAGAAUCUGCAGAGCAGGAAGAAACGUAGCAGGGCGGCCUUCUCUCACGCCCAGGUUUACGAAUUGGAGAGAAGAUUCGCGGCGCAGAAAUACUUGUCGGGGCCCGAGCGAGCGGACCUUGCGCGAGGACUCAAGCUGACCGAGACUCAAGUCAAGAUUUGGUUCCAAAACAGACGGUACAAGACCAAAAGACGACAGCAGCAGGAGCUAGGCGCGCUGGUUAAUUCCGGAAACGCGAGGCGCGUGGCGGUACGAGUGCUCGUGCAUCCGGACGAGCAUCUGAGGGGAUUGCCACUUCGUGGUUCCGGGCAACUUCCCGGGCAAAUGUCAGCCCCGCAAAUUCAUCCGGCGAACAAAGCGCUCGGCGGUUUCCCGUACUACUGUCUCCCCUAUCAUCCCUUGCUAUGCCCGCCCCUUCACUCCACUCACAUUCAGGUGCAAAACACGAUCGCGCCGGACCUCGACCCGAGCCAGCUGGCGAAACUCAACGACGAGAAAUAAAGCGAAAAUUUCGCCAUUUCGCUAGGAUCGAGAACGAGAGUGUCGUUGGUUGAUCGAUUUGGUGAACCGCGGCUCCGAGCUACCGCCAAGUCGUCCAGCGUUCAUCGUGCACACCUAUCGCGUUAUCUCUACCGAAUCAAAGUUUCCAAAGAAGUUUUAGAUCGUGUAAUUCUCGGAUCGCGAUCAAACUAGUCCGUUUCAAAGUGCUCGAUUCUCUCGCUACCUUUUCUUUUUUUUUUUUAUCGAUAUUCCACUUGAUCGGCGAAAGAAUAGAUCCACGGAAGGCUGUUUUACGACGGUUACUGGUUUUUGUAGCUGUACUUAUCGUUCGCUUCGUACAGUCUUAGUCCGGUCAUCGUUAAACCAGUCUACGUUCCGACGUUCUAUGCGAAUCGAAAAAUGUCGUCGACUGAAUCAGACUACACACGGACGUUAAACGUACCUCGAUUGCAAUGUAAAUUUAAAUAGCCGACGUUCUCAUUCUCUCCGAAUGGAUACGAGGCAACGACGCUCGUAAUUACAGUCACUCGCACUACCUAUUACGAAGUAAUGGUUGAUGGUUGAUAAAUGAGCACGUUAUCGAUUAAUCCACGUAGUGUCCGAGAAAUUUACUGUACGCGUUAAUUAUAAAUUUUCUUAUAGAUAUAUCAGAGUCUAGGACGAAGGUCAAUGUAAAUUAGCGUGUAAAUAACUGUAUAAAAUGGAAUCUCGAACGGCAUCGGUGAGUGGAGUAUUUAUUUAUUCUGAAGCCGCACGUGACGAUAGAAAUCUAUCGCUCUAUACGGCUGUCACGGAAACCACGAUUAAUAUCAUUUGAUAGUUAUACCUCCAAAUUCCACCAACUUCCUUUUAGCGUUCGAACGUGUCGCUGUAUUCUGUUUUGUUACUUUGUUUGUACUUAACCAACGUAAUUUCCUCGAUAUCGGAACUGCGUCAAACGCUGUUAAAUUUAUAAAUUUUUCGAUGGAGAGAGAGAGAGAGUGUGUGUGCGUGUGCGUGCGCGCGUGUGUGGGUGUGAGAGAGAGAGAGAGAGAGAAGGAGGCAGAGAGUUCAACAAAAGAGGAAAUAAAGUAGAAACAUUUAAGAAACAAGCACGUGCAAUAAAGUCGAUCGACACACCGAUUAAUUAUAGUCACCGUAAUGUAAGACGCGCGUCGAGCCAACGCUCCGAUUGUUUCUGCGUACGUACAUAUGUGAUCACACAGAUCUAUUCGAAAUAUACGUGGUUCAUUAAAA